AUGCCAGUUCCAAUUCCACAUAAAUAUCAUGAUGAAAUAAAUGAAAAUGGUUUCACAGUAAUUAGAAAUUUUUUAACACCAGAAGAAAUUGAUAGAUAUACAAAAGCAAGUGAAAUAAUAGUUGAUAUGGCUAGACGAGGAGAAAUUGAUUCAGUUAGAACAACAAAUAAAAUGUUUCCACCAUGGCCAAAAAAUUUCAGUCCUGAUAUUUGGGGAGUUUCAGGAUUAUUACAUCCAAAUUUAGGUGAAAAAAGUUAUGAAUUUCAUAAUUUAUAUGGAGAUGAAAAAAUGUUAAAUAUAGUUUCUGAUAUUUUACAAAUCAGCAAAGAUGAAAUUUCAAUGGAAUUAUUAAAUAUGUUAAUUAAUCCAUUAACUGAUUUUGAAUUAGAUUGGCAUAGAGAUACAAUAAAACCUGAAGUUACACCUGAAGAAGAAGCUGAAGAAUUAUUAACUUAUCCUUUUGCUGGUGCUCAAUUUAAUUUAAGUUUAACUCCUGAUGAUUGUUUAAUAGUUAUACCAAAAUCUCAUAAUAGAAUAAGAACAGAAGAAGAAAGAAACAAAACAAUUGAUUCUACCAGAAGAAAAGAAUUUAUAACAAAUCAAAUUAUUGUAAAUUUAAAUCCAGGAGAUUUAGUAUUUUAUAAUAAUAAUAUUUUACAUAGAGCAAAAUAUAAUUCAAAAAAUAAAAGAUUAACUUUACAUGGUUCUUAUGGUAAUGUUAAAUUUGGAAAAAGUAGAGCAAAAGGUAUAUUACAACAUGGAGUUGCUGAUUGGUUACCUGAUUUAAAACCACAAAAUGAAAAUUUAAAUAUGAUGAAAUCAAAAUUAGUUGAUUUAGCUAAAGAAUUUGAAGGAGUUGAUGUUGAAUUUGCUUUAGAUGGGUGA